AUGUACAACGACUAUGGGGAUGAUUAUGACGACUAUGGUGGGCGGUACGGAGAGUAUGAACCACACACUGGUGAUCCAAGUGCUGAUCUCAAGUACGAGCAGAUGUAUAAAGUUCCUGAUGUUGUAAAGAAAUUCUUGGUGUACUUCAGAAACGUUAUCAACGAUGGUCUUAUUUUUGAAAUCCAGAAUCUUUAUGAAAACACGUUCCCUAAGCUUACAGAGCAGUAUUUCAGUCAAUGCUCAUGGCCCAACGCAAAUGACAUUUCAGACUUUGUGGAAAGUGACAGUGUUUUCCUGAUUUUAUAUCAAGAACUCUACUUCAGGCACAUCUAUGCUCAGGGCACACCCAACAUUGAUCAGAGGUUGGCCUCAUUUUACAAUUACUGUAACCUCUUCAACUACAUUCUGAGUGCUGAUGAGCCUGUCCCUCUUGAACUGCCUGAUCAGUGGCUUUGGGAACUGGUUGAUGAGUUUGUCUACCAGUUCCAGUCAUACUCUCAGUACAGAGCUAGACUGAACAAGAUUCCAGAGGCAGAUCUGCAUGUGGUGAAUGAGAACAACAAAGUGUGGAACGUACUUUGUGUUUUGAAUGUUUUACAUUCUUUGGUUGAUAAAAGCAACAUCAAGGCACAGUUGGAGGUUUAUGCAAGUGGCGGUGACCCAGACUCAGUAGCAGGCAAAUUUGGCCGUCAUUCUUUGUACAAGAUGCUUGGCUACUACAGUCUGGUGGGUCUCCUGCGAUUGCAUUCCCUCCUUGGCGACUACUACCAAGCCAUCAAAGUUUUGGAGAACAUUGAAUUGAACAAAAAGAGUCAGUACUCGCAAGUUCCAGCUUGCCAGAUUUCAAUGUCAUACUAUGUUGGCUUUGCGUACAUGAUGAUGCGCAGGUAUGCAGACGCCAUUCGCACAUUCAGCUCUAUUCUGCUGUACGUCCAACGAACUAAGCAACUCUUUGCAACAAGAACGUAUCAAAAUGAUCAGAUUAACAAACAAACUGAUCAAAUGUACCACCUGUUAGCUAUCUGUUUGGUGUUGCAUCCACAGUGUGUUGAUGAGUCCAUUCAGCAAGUGUUGAGGGAGAAGAAUUACACUGAGAAAAUGUACAAAAUGCAGUACGGUGAUUUGCAAGAGUUUGAACAGUGCUUUACAUUUGCAUGCCCCAAAUUCUUGCUGCCAUCGCCUCCUCCAGCAGAUGCCCCUCAAGAAGAUUACAUGAAAGAUGCCAUGAAGCAUCAGACGCAGGUCUUCAUGGAUGAGGUGAAGCAGCAGAAAAUGCUCCCCACCAUCAGAAGUUACCUCAAGCUGUACACCACUUUGCCUCUAUCAAAGUUGGCAACAUUCAUGAGCCAAAGUCAGCGAUCUGGUGACAACUCAAAGACGGAUCUCCACAAGGAGAUGGCUGCACUGGGCAUACACUUGCUGUGCUUCAAGCACAAAAUGAAGAAUGUAGUGUGGAGUAAGGGGGCCUCUGGGCUGGAUGGCAAGUUCCAGUCUGGUUCAGAGCUUGAUUUCUACAUUGACAAUGACAUGAUCCACAUUGCUGAUACCAAAGUGGCUCAUCGCUAUGGGGACUUCUUUAUCCGCAAAGUGCUGAAAUUUGAAGAGCUCAACCGUAAACUGCACAAUAUUCAGGUGUAACAUGCCAUAACAAAUCAUGUUAUAAUACUUCAUAUUAAAGAUCAUACUAAAUUAUCA